AUGGGGAAUACCAUCUCAUACGACCAGAAGCCCUUUGAUUUGAGUCUCGGCGAUAAGGGAACAAUUCGAGGACUCCAAUUUGACGAAAAGUCUCGUCGAUAUGCCGGCAUCCCAUAUGCGCUUCCACCAACUGGCGAGUAUCGCUGGCGCAAGCCGAGGCGACUUCCGCCAAAUUACACCUACGGAGAUGGAGGGAGUAACCCGUUCGAUGCCACCGUCUUCAAAGCAGUCUGCCCCCAGAACGCAUUCCAUGUCGGAGAAAAUGAAGACCCAUCCGGAGUAUACAGCGAGGACUGCCUCUUCGUCAACGUUUGGACCCCGGUGGGCAACGAAAACGGGAAGCCAUGGCCUGUCAUGCUGUGGUUACAUGGGGGGUGGUUUCAAAUGGGCAAUCCAUCGCAAGAAUCCGACAUGGAUCCGACCGAACUGAUCUCGACCGGUGGCCUAAAUGCCGUCGUCGUGGCUAUAGGUUAUCGAUUGAACGUCUUUGGCUUUCUUGCCGGGCAGGAUUUAGUUGAGGAAAGUAGAGGAGAUUCGGGAGGAAAUUUUGGGCUUUGGGACCAGCGGAUGGCUGCCGAAUGGGUCAAGGAAAAUAUCUCCUGGUUUGGGGGCGACCCGAAUAAUAUCACCCUUGCUGGUCGGAGCGCUGGAGCAUACAGCGUUGAAGCUCAAAUGUGUUACGACUUCCGCAAGCCGGGCCCUAAAACUUCCUUGUUCCGACGCGUGUUUAUGGAUUCGAAUGCGAUACCUGCACAGCCGAAAUCCUUGCGAGAUGCUCAGGUUCAGUUUGACGAACUAUGCAAGCAUUUCAAGAUUGAACCCAGUUGGUCUGCGGAGAAGAAAUUUGAAUUUCUGCGGAAGCUCAGUGUUGAAGAUCUUAUGGAAGCCAUUCCCCGGCUGGAGCAUCACACUUUCCGUCCGGUCACCGAUGACCUUUUUAUCUACCCGGGAAUGAUGGAAUAUCUUCAAACCAAAAUUUUCGCAGAUGAAUUCAAGGCCAGGGGGUACAAAAUUCUCAUUGGCGAGGUUGCCAAUGAAGAGACUUUAUACUCUACUUACAACAGUCCGACGGAACCCACCCUCGAAGCAUUGAAGAUUCAGGUCAUGAACUACUACGCCCCAGAAGUCACGGAGAGGGCAAUCGAUUGCUACCCGCUGCCAGCUUCUAAAGACUUGGCUCUUUGGAAAAAUCUUUUCGGCAACAUUAUCUCCGACGGCCAGGUCCGGGCGCCGUCCAGGGCACUGGUGAAGCAUCUGGAAGCGAAUGGUGCUAAUAUCCGUGAUAUAUGGCGCUAUCAAAUCGCCUACCGAUUGUCAUUUAUUGACGAAGCUGUAGCACCAAUGUCGUUUGGGGUUGCGCACGCAAUGGACAAACCGUUUUGGAAUUUCUCGAUCCAACUUGGGCCGACGCCUGAAGAGAAAACAUUGAUGAAAGACUGGAUUCAGAUUCUAGUUGCCUUCGUCAACAAUGAUGAGUCGUACGACUACGGUACCAAUACCGUGCAAGAGAUAAAGGUGGCCACCCCACAAGGCAGGAUCGAGAUACAGCUGGAUGAGCGUUGGGACGAGCUCACUAAGAUUGGCGAAAUACUUAGUGGCGAUAAGCAAUAG